AUGUACAGACCACCGACUGGAGAUCUGCACCAACUAUCGCCAUCUACCCCUUCGAGGCUCGCUCAUUCCAAUCUAACUAUCAGGACAUCAUCCACCCAAUCGACACGACCAUCACCAGCACCUCAAGCCACAGCCUCCCCGCCAAAACAGCCUUACCCUUCGUACCCUAUUCCUAUACCCCCCAAGAAGCUAGACAAGGCAUUGAGUAUCUACAAAACAUACAAAGAGGCUUUAAAAGAGGAAGAGUUUGCCAAACUUCAGAAUGGUUCUCUAUCUGCCACGACCGCUCAUCAUGGUUUUCACCUCAGCGUACCAGGAACAUCCGCUCCAGGCUCUGUCACCUCUCACACAUCCUCAGGUCGUCUUAGAGCUGGAUCAGCUUCGACUUCGCAGUAUGGGGCGACUGAAAUAUCGUCCGUCAUGUCGUUCAACGGUAACGAGAGCCCGUUGUCUGCGAAUCCCCAUAUCGAAUUGAGCACGUUUGAUGGGAAGAAAGUUAAACGUCGGACGAGAAAGCAGUUUGAUAAACCACGCAAAGCAAAGACGGCCUUGAUACGCCAUCUAGGGUCAUGCUGGGUCUGCCACGAUCGGAGAGUUCCGUGUGACUUGUUCACGCAUCACGAUGUUCAGUCCCUCGAAGAUAUCCUUCAGGCUCGAUCGAAUAGACGCCGCCCACAUUCACAACAUCACUCGCGAUCUUCCCUCUCGAAUGCCUCCCGACAAAAUGCUAGAUCUCUAUCAGCGGGGCACGCUACGAUAGAACAGCCAGACGCAUUGUUGGGUCUGGGCCAAAAUGAAGAACUGCAAAGUUCAGCACCAUUCGACAUGACCUAUCUCGACAUUCCAUCCCCUGCUCCAGGGGAACCAUCGCCAGGCAUCUCAGCUCCCGCCACCAUAUAUCAUAAUACCCCCGAUUUUCCAGCUCUUGGUCCUAAUCCAUAUGGCCUGUAUCAAAACGGCAACAUGUUCCCCAUUGGCGUCCAACAUGGCAGCUAUUUCAUGUGCUCACACUUAGACGGCUGCUUUGAACGUUUCGCCGACCUAGAACAGCUGCAGAAUCAUUUCGAGGUUGCGCAUUUCGCUUUUACUCGAAUUGAUCCGGCUCACAGAUAUGUUUGCUUAUCAUGUCAGCACUACAACGAGACUAUCUCUGCGCCUUGCUACCACUGUCACGGAUUCGUUGAGAUUUGGAUCUACGGGAACUUCAUCCACAAUCCUUCACAUCACCGGUACUCCCCAGAUGGCCAGGACUUAUCGAUGAAUAGCGCAUCGUCACCUUACUACCCCUCAGCAUACAACAUGCCGACGCCAAAUGUCCCAAGUAACCCAGAAAACCCAGACAUGAAUGGUCGGCACUUCAACAACACGAGAAACUAUGACUUCCAGCCCAACAAUUCCUACGGAAGCGGUCCGAGUCCUAGGUACGACUAUAACCCCCCAUCAAAUGGCAAUCAGUUCCAUGGCAGCCAAUUCCAACUACGAGCAUGGAACUCCGUCCCCGUCUCCGAAAAAACACCCUCGCUUCAACUCCAACACCAAAUUCAAGCCUCCAAGUCCCGUAAACGGAAAGCCUUUUUCACCCUCGCUCUCCUCAUUACAGCCCUAACUCUCUGCUGCUCCUACACCUGGCUUAUGACUAAAGCCCGCACUCUCAUUCCCCAUUCAUCGCCUGCCAGUCUGCCCAUCAUAGGCUUCGUGGGCAUUGUAGCUUCGUUUGCCAUGUGUUCGAGCGUGAAACACUUUACCGUGCGCAGGGCUCAAUGUAGUCCGCAGAAAUGCCCGUUGUAUGUUUUGGGUACGAGAAGUAGGCCGAUGAGAGUUCUGAGGGAGAGGGCGCCGGAUACGUAUGUAAGGGAUGGCAUGUUUUCGUGA